CAACUUGUCAUUGUCAAGCUGUCAAGUCCGGUACACAAACACAUUUAAAAAAAAAAUUAACCAUUUCGAAUGGAUAUUGGAUUCCUAAAUAAUUAAGGAAUAAGAAUUUGAACAUUUAUUUAUUUUCUAAUUUUUAUAUAAUGGCAGAAACGUUAAAACUUUCAGAUUUGAAAUUACAAAAACCGUACAAGGUAUAUAAAGCAGAUGGUGGUGGGAUUACAUUUCUUAAACUUACAUACAGUGCACAAUACAGUAAUUGGCAUAUUGCACUUAUUGCAAAGGGAUGCCCACAUGAAGUUUUAUAUAUGCUUGAUGUGUCAUAUAAUUAUAAUGAUUCUAAAAUUACUUUGACAAAAAAGAAGGAGAGAAGGAAUUUAUUAGAGGAUACUGUUCCUAGUGAAUUAAGUCCUGAGAUCACAUCACAAAAGUAUUGGCUAAGUUGGUACAAUGACACUAUACAGAUGGGACUUAUAGUAUCAUCUAACUACUUGAAACCAUUUUUAACGUAUGAAGAAACAGAUACGGGAAAGACUAAUAAUGAAUUAAUAGGAUUUGUAAACUUUACGUCAAAUCAGUAUUUAGAUUUUGUGGUUAAUGCCAGUCCAGUUUCUUUGAAACCCAUCUGUCAUAAACAUGUAGAAGGACAAUUAAGAUGGGUCAAGGUAACAGAUGGGAAUCUGCCUCACGAUGCAAUGAUUGGUGGAUAUGAGAACGAGCCUACAUACAUUGCUCGUGCGGUGCACGGUAGAUCAUUGUGUCCAGGAAAAUAUGUACAUUCAAAAAAGAAGGCUUAUGUAGCUUGGGGUCAUAUGGAGCAUGCAAAAAAUGUUUUUGAGAUUCUCUGUGGCUUCAAUGGACAAUGGGUUAAGUGUAAAAAUGAUCUAAUCCCUGAAAAUGUAUUCCAAGCUGGCAAAUCGGAGGUAAACAAUGAAGAUAUUUACAUUGGACGCGCGAUGAUCGGUGAUGACCUUGUUGUUGGAAAGGUGCAUAUGUUAUACAAGACUUGCUACCUUCCAUAUAAAGGCAAAGAAGUAGAAAAAGGCAUUUACGAAAUAUUAGUAAGGGGAGACAAGACAACAUACGGACUGACAAAACAAAAGAAUUGUUUAUUAAAUCCUUUGAGAGCAUUACAGCCAUGUAUGUCAUAUUAGUUACUAUGGAUUUUCCGGGAUGAAAAGUAGCCUAUGUGUUAAUCCAGAGUAAAAUCUAUUUCCAUUCCAAAUUACAGCCAAAUCGGUUUAGUAGUUGAGGCGUUAGAGUAACAAAUAUCCAAACAUACAUACAAACUUUCGCGUUUAUAAUAUUAGUAGGAUUUGGAAUUUCUUACCCUAAACUCUGAUUGCUCUAAGGAUGUUAUUAAACAAACCCUAAUUGGCUAACUCUUUCAUUCAUAAUGUACCUACAAUUCCUGUAAUGGGCGACUUAAUAGUUCGUUCGUUCGUUAUCAACCCAUAUUCGGCUCACUGCUGAGCUCGAGUCUCCUCUAAGAAUGAGAGGGGUCAGGCCUUAGUCCACCACGCUGGCCCAAUGCGGAUUGGCAGACUUCACACACGCAAAGAAUUAAGAUAAUUCUCUGGUAUGCAGGUUUCCUCACGAUGUUUUCGUUCACCGUUUGAGACACGUGAUAUUUAAUUUCUUAAAAUGCACACAACUGAAAUGUUGAGAAGGCUUAAUAGUACAAUAGGAAAAAGAACAAAUAACGAAUGUAAGCUUAUAGGACCUAUAUAAAUGUGCAAAGAUUCGUGGAAUUUACUCAGGAGUAAAGUAUAAUUCAAGUGUCAUGAUCAUUCCCCCCCCCCCUCCCCCCUUCCCCCAAAAAAGUAUAUGGAGAUGAUAAUAUGAUGUAUAAAUAAGGAUUAUGUUAAAUAAUUUAAAAUAAUAAUUCUGACCAUCAAAUGUUAAAUGUUUGUUAAGAAAUCUCCUGUUCUUAUUGAAUCUUUUGUCAAAUAUCUUAAAUAGUUUUUGAGUAAAGUCAAAAACCAAACCCCUUUUUUUAUUUGUAGUUAAUUGUUCAUAACUUUUGCAAUAUUUGCGAGCGGGCCUUCAAUUUUUUCAAAAUCUAUCUACACCCAAUUCCGAAUCCAUUUGAGAAGCAUUACUUAAUAGGGAGUACAAAGAAAAUACAUUCGAUUACUAAUGAAUAUUUAGAAGAACUAUAGAGAUUAUUAUAAAGAGGUAUUGGAAAGAGUUUAUGGUAUUGUAGGGAAAUCUGGAUCUACUGAACCGAUUUUGAAAAUUCUUUUACCACUAGAAAACUACGUUAUUUGUGAGUUUUAUAGGCUAUUUGUUAUCCCCGUAUUCUAAUAAGAACGGGAACUCUCAGAUUGCAGAUUUUUGUAAAAUAGAAACAAGUUAUUUAAUGUAUUGUACAAUUAUGUAUUUUUUUGUAAAUAAACGUAUUAUUUUGAGGCA